CGCGCCUGCUGCUUAGGAAAGCAAAGAGGCGGAGCAGCAGCAGCGGCGGCAGGAGAGCCUUGUUUUCCCAUUCUACAUCCGCACCAGCCGCAUCCUUUGCCACCGGUCUUGGAGCUUCAUCCCCUCCCCUCCAAAGCCCCCUUUUAACCCGCUUCGAUCCCGCAUCAGCUGCGCCAUGGGAAGGCGGAGGCGCCUUUAGCCGGGCUCUGGCUCAUUCCUCCAUCCUUCCUUUCCAGAGAGGAGGAGAGACAUCCCCCCCAGCAUCCCCUUAAAUAUAUAUAUAUAACCUUUGAAGGAAGAGAAGGCGAGGAAGGCAACCCCAGAGCAUCAUCCCAGGCCUCCAAGGGUGUUAAUGGAGAAGAGGUCGAAUGACAGCCGGGACUGUGGUCAUCACCGGCGGAAUAUUAGCAACUGUCAUAUUAUUGUGUAUCAUUGCUGUUCUCUGCUAUUGUAGGCUUCAGUACUACUGCUGCAAGAAGGAUGAGUCGGAAGAGGACGGGGAGGAGCCGGACUUCGACGCGGACUCCCGCAUCCCACCGCUCCACUGCAACCGCAACGUGGCUCUGACCAACGGCCCUUCCUUGUACCACUCCCCGUCCCCGUUCAAGAAGGCCUCCCAGUGCCGGACGGUCUGCCCCAGCUGCUCCCACUAUGAGCCGCCCACCUUCUUCCUCCAGGAACCCGAAGAGGAGGUCCGCAACGGGGGCGACCUGGUCAACUACAAGGCCAUCAGCCAGGAAGACCUGGAACUGCCCGUCAGCGCCAACAGCCUCCAGGCGCUCAACCCCAACCGCCUCUCGGCCAUGCGCGAAGCCUUUUCUCGCAGCCGCAGCAUCAGCACCGACGUCUGAUGGAAAGAGAGGAGCAUCGCUGAGCCGCCACGAAGGCCAGCAUCCCGCCGUUGCGAUGGAGUGAGCUUCACCGUUUCCUACAUUUUUUUAAAGCCGCCAUCGACGUCGGCGUGUCUUGUUGAACGGAAGAAAGCCGACGGGGAGUCUUUGAAAACAAUGAAUGUAUUUCUAUGUUGUUAUGUUUACCUAUAUUAAUAUUAACGAAUAAAGCGUUGUAGGUAGUGAGGAAGGAGGAAUGCCGAUGGACUGCCGAAGUCUCCGUUGUGCCGAGAGAGCGGGAAUCCGAAUUGAAAUGUAUUUGAGCUUUUGAUACCUGGCUUCCUUUUGUACGCCGACAAUACCGUCCCCUUCUUUGCUGUCUCGCAUGGCUAUCUUCCGCUCCUUUGUCCUCCUUCCUUGAGGAGAGCUUCCUGCCCUCCUGUGAUAAUUUUUGGGAUGUUUUGUCGGAUUCAGGGAUGCCUUGUGGAGGAUGUCUUCCGGGAUUUCCAAUGGAGGAGCGCACCUCCGUCUUGCUUCCAGUAGAGCCAUGUCAUGGCAUGCUUUGUGUGGUCUCGCCAAGAAUACCUUCUGGAUUUGGCCGCUGUAUCCUCCAAGAACCCAUCCUUGGCAACAAUGGGACCAAUUCACAGCUAAUAUCUGAACUGGAAGCCCUCGAAAUUGUAUUCAACAUCCAUGCCAAGGUUCAUCUCAAGAGACUCGAUGGUGACGGCACAAGGAAGCAUUCACUUCUGCUUUUCUAGGCCUUUGUUUUCCUUCUCAAAACGGUUCCUUGGUGCCAUUUUGAGAGGGAAUACAGAGACAAAUGUGGGGUGUAAUACGGCUAUGGGGUCAGUCUAGGUUUCUGAAGUGCUUGCGUGGGUAUUUUUGAUGCGUUUCCACAUACUUAGGGGGCUUAAUGCAUGGUUUAGGGCAGGCCUGGGCAAACUUGGGCGCUCCGGGUGUUUUGGACUUCAACUCUCACAAUUCCUAACAGCCCAAAAUUUAUUUACUGUAUAUACUUGAGUAUAAGCCUAGUUUUUCAGCUUUGAAUAUUGGUGGGAUUUCAAGGGGUUGGGAGUUAUGGUUCACCCACAUCGACAGAGCAAUGUGCACUCCAACUGAUGGAUCAGGACCAUACUCAGCACAAAUACCUAAUAUUUUAUUUUAUUUAUUUAUUUAUUUAUAGUAUUUACUAGACAUGUCCAAAAAAUCGUUUUGAAUCGUAUAUCGGAAUUAUUUCGGAUUGUUCUCACUUUUUGAUACGCAUUCCGAGAUAUUGUCUCACAGCGCAACCAGCAAUGUAAUUCGAACCAUUGUUGGCCCAUUCUCUAAUUGUCUCUUAAUGUUUCGUUAAUUCCCCCGCCCCCAAUUUUUUAAAAUAUAUUUUUUAAAAUAUUUUAAAAAAUUAUUUUGUUUCUGCAACCUACCUAGAAUGGGAGCUUAGCGCAGCCUAACAUGGCUGCCGCUCCCCGGCCAAUCAGAAGCUUCCACGAUGGACGCAAAGGUGGGGGCUAGGGUUGAUAAGGAUAGCUCAAGAAAUGAGGGCGGGAGAGCCCUGUAAAAGUCCCCCCCCCCCCCCCAGGUUCCUUUUUUUUUUUUUGGCGAUUAUGCAUGCGCGUCCGCCAUUUUAGAAACAUUUAGAAUCAUUACGAAUUUUCGGAAAUAUCCGAAAUUUUUGGGUGAAAAAAUUGGAAAUACUUUCUAUAUCGAAGCACCAGCGCCCGCUACUUUAGAAACGAGAAUUGAAACAUUUUUUUCAUCGAUUGGACAUGCCUAUUAUUUAUCUACUCAUAUUUUGCUUUUGAACUGUUAAGUAGACAAAAGCUGAGCUAAAGGCCAGGAGCUCACCCCGACCCGGGCUCCGAACUGUUAACCUUUUGAUUGAUAAGAUUUACUGCAGCUGGUGGUUUAACCUGCUUGUGGAAUUGUGGGAAUUGAAGUCCAAAAUACCUGGAGGGCUGAAGUUUGCCCAUGCCUGGUUUAGGGGCACCGAUGGCUCCACAAAUGAGGCUGAAUUUUUUAUUUUAAAAUUUAAGGAUUUGAAAGAUUUCAGGCAGAGAGGGGGAUUUGUGGACCUUGGAAAUUGAAACCAUUUUACGGAGCGUGUACAGACUAAGAUGGGAGGGAGGAAUCGAGACGAAUUAUACUUUCUGCAACCAGAACAUGUUUGUUUAUAGAAUUUUUUUUAUUUUAAAAAGUGGCCAUUGUUUUAAGCACAAUCCAGUUCCGUUUCCUCUCCUUUUAUCUUAAGCAGUGCCAGCGUCUCUAUGAGGGGGUUGUGUUUCCGUCCGGUUUGUGACACGUUGCAAUAUCCUCGCUGGACUUUAAAAAAAUAAUAAUAACCCUAUGGAAAGUGUUCCCAUCGCUCUCUGUCGUCUCUUUUAAGUGAUCUGCCGUAACCGCCGCCGCUUCCAUAGAACUCUUUUGAGUCGAUUUUGUAAAAAAAAAAGUAAUAAUAAUAAUAAUGUUUUAACGGCAUUUUUGAAGACGCUGAGAUCCGUUGCGUUUCGAUCGUGGCAAUGUUUUUCAAUCUUCCGGGUUUUUUCUCCUCGCGCUGGUCUCUUCUUUGGAUUUCCUUUUUUUCCCCCCGUGUAUCUUUGAAAUUGAUUGAAUUGUUUCCAUGAGUUUUCCGUUCACUUUUUGGCAGUGUGGCAAACUUGUACAAGACUUCCAGACCCUCUGAAAACGAAAACAAAAAAAAAUUAAAAAAUAAUAAUAAACUUAUCUUGACUUUGUUA